CUUCAAAGGUCAUAUUACGCCGAACAAAUUUAAAAUAGCGCAUUGUCAGAUAGGCAGAAUGUCAAGUCAAAGUGAUUUAUGCGAUUUGGACGGGGUUUCUGCAUCAGAGUUAUUCAAACGAGAGCUUGGACUAACGUUUAGCGACGUAAUCAUUCUACCAGGAUUUGUUGAGUUUGGAAAAAGUGAAGUUGAUAUUACCAGCAAAAUAUGCAAACGAUUUUCUUUGAAGGUUCCUUUUGCAUCAUCUCCCAUGGAUACAGUUACUGAAGCGAAAAUGGCCAUAGCAAUGAGUCUUUGUGGCUCAAUAGGUUUCGUUCACAACAACUGUACUGUUGAGGCUCAAGCUACUGAAGUGAAGAAGGUUAAGAAAUAUAACCAAGGUUUCAUCUUGUCUCCAGUUGUUGUUUCACCAAGGCAAUCCGUUUAUGAUAUCAUUGAAAUAAAGAAAAAAUACGGAUUCGGUGGGAUCCCUGUGACUGAAGAUGGUAAUAUGGGGAGUCGCUUGGUCGGUUUAGUCACUCUUCGUGAUGUGGAUUUCUUGGACCCGAAUGACUUCAACACACCUGUUGAAAAAGUAAUGACACCAUUUGAUGAUCUUGUUACAGCGUUCUCCGGUGUGACAUUGUCUGAAGCAAACGAUCUUCUGCGAAGGAGCAAGAAAGGUAAAUUACCAAUUAUUAACGAAAAUCGUGAAUUGGUGGCAUUAAUUGCACGGACUGACUUAAAGAAGAACCAAGAUCAUCCACUAGCAUCUAAAGAUUCCGAAAACCAAUUAAUUGUUGGUGCAGCUAUUUCUACACAAGAAAGUGAUUUUGAUCGUGUCAAAGCUUUGGUUAACGCUGGUGUCGAUAUUAUUGUUAUAGAUUCUUCUCAAGGUAAUAGCAUCUAUCAACUAGAUAUGAUAAGGCGCGUAAAAUCUGUAUUCCCAGAUUUACAAAUAAUUGGAGGAAAUGUUGUUACCUGUGCACAAGCGAAAAAUUUAAUUGAUGCUGGUGUGGAUGGUUUACGCGUUGGAAUGGGCAGUGGGUCAAUUUGUAUUACUCAAGAAGUAACUGCUAUCGGUAGAUCACAAGCUAAGGCUGUUUAUAAAGUAUCUGAAUAUGCUCAUAAGUAUGAUGUGCCCGUAAUAGCAGAUGGUGGUAUUCAAAAUGCUGGUCAUAUUGUUAAAGCUUUGAGUUUUGGUGCAUCUGCAGUUAUGAUGGGUGGACUUUUAGCUGGUACAACGGAGUCAGCUGGAGAAUAUAUAUUUUCUGAUGGCGUGAAAUUGAAAAAAUACCGAGGUAUGGGGAGUCUAGAAGCAAUGUCUCAGCACACAGAAAGUCAAGCGAGAUAUUUCAGUGAAUCAGAUUGUAUUAAAUUUGCCCAAGGUGUUUCUGGAACAAUUAUUGAUAGAGGUUCAGUUCAUCAGUUAAUUCCGUAUUUAGUAGCUGGUGUUAAACAUGGAUUACAACAAAUUGGCGCUAGAAAUAUAACACAAUUACACAAUAUGUCGAGAAGUGGAAAGUUACGCUUUGAACAUCGAAGUUCAUCAGCGCAACUAGAAGGUGGUGUACACAGUUUAUAUUCGUACAAUAAAAAUCUUUAUUAAUGUUAAAUUAACAACAAAUCACCCGCCUUUCGAUUAUUGUUAUUUUGUAUACGCGAUCUUUUUAAUUAGUCCUUCAUUGUUUUCAACACUUUCCCUAUAUUGUCUCAAUAUCAAUUGUCUAUUAAGGAAAAGAUUUAUUAUUAUUAUUAUUAUUAUUA